AUGGCUAGCGGUGGCGCCGGCGGCGGUGGCGGUGGCGGUGGCGGUAAGGUGUCCUUCAAGGUUACUCUUACUUCCGAUCCCAAGCUUCCUUUCAAAGUAUUCAGCGUACCGGAGGCGGCUCCAUUCACGGCGGUUCUGAAAUUUGCAGCCGAGGAAUUCAAAGUGCCACCGCAAACCAGCGCGAUCAUCACUAAUGAUGGAGUGGGAAUUAAUCCUCAACAAAGUGCAGGAAAUGUGUUUCUCAAACACGGCUCAGAACUUCGCUUGAUCCCCCGUGACAGGGUUGGUGGCUUAUCGGCUUUUGGCAAAUUUUAG